GGUUUUAUUUUGCAGUCAUGGCGGCUUCGAGUUCCAGUGGAGGGCAACGGCGAUCGAUUGGGACUGUGGGACAAGAGGAGUUGCGACGAUUAAUGCGAGCAAAACAGCGGGAGUCGGCCGCGGGGAAAAGGAAAAUUGACUCUCCCUACGUUAGAUAUAAUAAUUUGGGGAAUUUAAGUUGCUCUCUGUGCAAUGUGUCUGUGAAGAAUGAACUGUUGUGGCAAACACAUGCUCUUGGAAAACAGCACAAGGAGAGACUUGAAUCAUUAAAAGAUAUUAAAUAUUCUACAUCCAGACCAUUUUCUGACACUUUAUCUUCUCUCAAAAGAAAAACAUCAGAAACAAAAUCUCCAGAACAGAAGAAAGGAAAAGAUUGUAGUGACCAUCCACAAACUGUUUCUUCUGGGCUGCCAAAAGAUUUUUCCAGCAAAAUUGAGCAAACAGAAGUAGAAACAGUAUCUUCAAAAGGUUCAAGUGGUGUAUUACUAGGAAAUUAUGAACCAGAGGCAGGAAAGACAGAAGAGAUGGCAAAAGAAAUCAGAGAGAGCAACAGCAAAACUCCAUUACCAACCACAGCGCAGUGUGUAUCAAUUCCAGGCCUUGUUCCAAAAGCAGAACUUGUAGCUUGUUUAUCAUCAGACUACGUGGACAACAGCGCUUUAGCUACUCCUCUGCUGUCCCAUUCAGGAUCUGUACAGAAGGCAGAAUCACAAGAAAAACUUGUUCAAAGGAGAGAAAACACUGCAGAGGCCUUACCAGAGGGAUUUUUUGAUGAUCCAGAAGUGGAUGCAAAGGUGCGCAAGGUUGACACUCCAAAGGAUCAGAUGAACAAAGAAUGGGAGGAAUUCCAGAAAGCCAUGAGACAAAUCAGUACGAUUUCAGAAGCUAUAGUGGCUGAAGAAGAUGAAGAAGGGCGACUUGACCGUCAGAUUGGAGAAAUUGAUGAGCAGAUAGAAUGUUUCCGUCGUGUUGAACAGCUGCGUGACCGCCAGGAAAUAAUGAAAGAUAAAUUAAAGGAAGCCAUGAGUCAAAGAGCCACACAGACUGAAGAUGGUGAUGAUAUUGGUAGUGAUGAUGAAGGUGAAUUGCAGGACUUGCUCUCUCAGGACUGGAGAGCAAAAGGAACAAUAUUAUAGCUGCCUGAGAAGAGAGAAUUAAUUUCCUAAUUAUAAUAUUGUUCUUUUAUCAUGUACUAGCAUUUUGCAUAUGUAUGUAUAUGAAGUCCUGUUAAAAUCGUCUGCUGUACAUUAUACAAUCUUUAUAUAAAAAUUAUUAUAGCUCUUCUGGAAACAAA